AUGAUGCACUUAUCCCCCACCUACGAGUUCCUCCUCCCAGCCACCACCUACGAGUUCCUCCUCCCAGCCACCACCUACGAGUUCCUCCUCCCAGCCCCCACCUACGAGUUCCUCCUCCCAGCCCCCACCUACGAGUUCCUCCUCCCAGCCCCCACCUACGAGUUCCUUCUCCCAGCCCCCACCUACGAGUACCUCCUCCCAGCCCCCACCAACGAGUACCUCCUCCCAGGCUCCACCUACGAGUUCUUCCUCCCAGCCACCACCUACGAGUUCCUCCUCCCAGCCACCACCUACGAGUUCCUCCUCCCAGCCACCACCUACGAGUUCUUCCUCCCAGCCCCCACCUACGAGUUCCUCCUCCUAGCCCCCACCAACGAGUACCUCCUCCCAGGCCCCACCUACGAGUUCCUCCUCCCAGCCACCACCUACGAGUUCUUCCUCCCAGCCCCCACCUACGAGUUCCUCCUCCCAGCCACCACCUACGAGUUCCUCCUCCCAGCCACCACCUACGAGUUCCUCCUCCCAACCACCACCUACGAGUUCCUCCUCCCAGCCACCACCUACGAGUUCUUCCUCCCAGCCACCACCUACGAGUUCCUCCUCCCAGCCACCACCUACGAGUUCCUCCUCCCAGCCACCACCUACGAGUUCUUCCUCCCAGCCACCACCUACGAGUUCCUCCUCCCAGCCACCACCUACGAGUUCCUCCUCCCAGCCACCACCUACGAGUUCUUCCUCCCAGCCCCCACCUACGAGUUCCUCCUCCCAGCCCCCACCAAUGAGUACCUCCUCCCAGGCCCCACCUACGAGUUCCUCCUCCCAGCCACCACCUACGAGUUCCUCCUCCCAGCCCCCACCAACGAGUUCCUCCUCCCAGCCCCCACCAACGAGUUCCUCCUCCCAGCCACCACCUACGAGUUCCUCCUCCCAGCCCCCACCUACGAGUUCCUCCUCCCAGCCCCCACUAACGAGUUCCUCCUCCCAGCCCCCACCAACGAGUUCCUCCUCCCAGCCACCACCUACGAGUUCCUCCUACACUCCAUAACUCCCCACUCUUGUGCCCGGGGUGUUCCAUUAUAG